AUGUCGUCUUCUUCCGCUAGCUUGAGUGCCCGCCUGGCUGAUGCGCUCCCGCGUGGCACCAAAGCACGGGCGUACCAUAUUUCGACUACCCCGGCAAAGACAGACGCAAUAUACUCGGCCGCACCUUCUCAGCCUGAACAGACCACUUAUUGCGAAAGUCACUUUCUUGUCCUUGCAACCCCGCGCCAGGCUGAUCGCGACGAGCUCGCGAUCCUCGCUUUGGAGGUGCUCAUAUUCACCACCCCUGCACUCACUACUGUCUUCGUCUCGAAAGCGGAUUCGACCGGUUAUGCGUCGCUACUGGAGGUGCCUCGCGGCCAGCCUUCUCCGAUAAAGUCCGUCGUACAGGCAUUUAUUGAUUUCCUGCUUGAGCCAAGGCUCGUGGAGUCAAGAGUCGCUUUGUCACUCUUUGCGAGGGCGCAGGAUCAAUACCUCUUCCCAGGCAGCAUUGAUAAUCCCGGGAAGCAUGUACUGGAUGACCGACAACUCAUUAAGUGGUGGUGUCGGAUCACUGACGCAGUUUGGCGACCGCAUGCGAGUGACGAAUCAAGCACAGAGCAAGAAAUCAGCGCCCAUCUGCUUAUACCUGGACUAGAGAAAGGCGAAACUCGGGCGUUUUUCCCGCCGUCAAGUCACAGAGAUCCCGUCGUCAGCCCGAAAUGGACAAACGACUAUCCUGUUGGCUUACUAGCAACUGAUAGGAGGCUACCAGUACGUUGUCUGAUUCCACGAUUACCAGAUGAUCCCAAGUCACGCUUUCUCGGGGACCUAGAUCUGGACCACGUCGGUUCUGACGGCCAAUGGCGAACAAUCAAAACCUUGGACCAAUUCUGGGAGUUCAUGUCAUACCGCCAGGAGUGUUCCGCUGGACGUCUGGUUGGGUUUCUUUGGGUCGUGUUCGUACGGCCUCAGGAACCUUCUCGUCCGUCGAGGGGCUUUGACCAGGCGCCGGAUCAUGCGCCCAGCACUUCGUCGUCAUUCUGCGUGCCACAACUACCAACGCCAAGAGACUCGCAAUCUCAGCAGCAAGAGGUUGAAGAGCAUUCACCAGCGGGAAUAGGACGACUCGAACAGGCACUACAGACCGACUCGCCACCUCCGUCGUCGCCGCCCUCAGUACAUGAAACGAGUGAAAUCAACUCCAAUGUGCCACAGACGAAUGAUGAAAAAGCGACCGGGCUGGAAUCAAAUGAGGUUGCCACAGAUGAGGGUGCUCUCGAGCAUGGUGUUGAGGUCCAAUGGCCAAGUUCUACACAAGGUCAAGUUCUCUUGAAUGCAGACACGUACGAGAACAUUAUCGACGGCUUGUUGCGUCUCGAUUUCACUGGUGAGAUCGCCGCUGCGCAAAGCACGACGAAGUGGGUAUCGAGCGUGCUAGAAAAAUCAGGCCCCGCAGACUUUGGUCUCGAUACCGUGGGGACUCGGUCCAUAUCAACACCAACAACGGCUGAAACGAGUGCUUCAGCCACAGCGACAGUACCCACGAUGCUGCUCGGCGUUCGGAAGAAGCGCAAACAAGAUCAAGACGAUACCGCACCUCCGACGGAGCCGCCAACGAUAGGUCCCACCGUAAACGUACUUUCGGCUGGUCUGGUCAAGAAGAAGCCGAAGGUCGAUAAAGCGACUUGA